AAGAGUCGGGGAAACCGGCCCCGGGUGUCUCCCGGUGACGGGACGCGGUGACUGAGCUCGAAGCAGAGACCCGAGCGCCGCUGACGAGAGAGCGAGAAAUGUCACGGAGGCUGGAGAGGCUCGUGGGACCGUGGGGAGGCAACUGGUGCGGUGUGGAGGAAGGAAACGCCAAAGGUCUGAGCUCACCAGCAGCCUCCCAGCCGUUCCCCGAGCUCUUAGGCUCAACCUGGGAGAAAAGCAAUCUGGCUGGGGUGCGGCACAUCCUGCUGGUGCUCUCCGGGAAGGGUGGCGUGGGGAAGAGCACCAUCUCCACUGAGCUGGCUCUGUCGCUGCGACACUCCGGGAAGAAGGUGGGGAUCCUGGACGUGGACCUCUGUGGCCCCAGCAUACCCCGCAUGUUUGGGGUGCAGGACAACGACGUGCACCAGUGCGACAGCGGCUGGGUCCCUGUCUUUGUGGACCAAGGCAAGAGCAUCUCGCUCAUGUCCAUCGGCUUCCUGCUGGAGAAGCCAGAUGACGCCGUGGUGUGGCGAGGACCCAAGAAAAACGCUUUGAUCAAACAAUUUAUUGCUGACGUGGCCUGGGGGGACCUGGACUUCCUCAUCGUGGACACGCCGCCAGGCACGUCUGACGAGCACAUCUCCACGGUGGAGGCCUUGCGGCCCUACAAACCGCUCGGAGCAAUCCUGGUCACAACACCCCAGGCUGUGUCUGUGGGAGAUGUGAGGCGAGAGCUGACAUUCUGUAAGAAAACUGGCUUACGAGUUCUCGGCAUCGUGGAGAACAUGAGCGGCUUUGUCUGCCCGCACUGCUCAGAGUGCACAAACAUCUUUUCCAAAGGGGGAGGUGAGGAGCUGGCCAAGCAUGCUGGGGUCCCCUUCCUAGGCUGUGUUCCCCUGGACCCCCAACUCAGCCAGAGCUUGGAAGAAGGCAGAGACUUCAUCCAAGAGUUUCCCAAGAGCUCUGCCUUCCCUGCCUUGGCUCACAUCGCCCAGCAGAUCUUGGAUGGUCCAUCGCAGGGGAGUUCCUGAGGAGCGUGUGGAGCCGGACUCUUGCCGGCUGAGCCCCUGGCCUGGCAGCACCGCCAGCAGCCCGUGCCGGUGGGGAAGGGAGAUGCAGAAGCUGUUUAAUUAUAGGACUGCCUCAGCGGGGGGUGAUGAGGGAAGGGGGAGCACAGCAUUGGCGCCGCUCACAGCAAUCCAAAAAGGGAAGUACUGCUCCAUCCCCCCCUGGGUCUGAAGAGUCCCUGCACGGGUGCUGCUGCCCGCGCAGCGGCAGCCCGUUUCUCGCCUUCUCUCCGUGGCGAUGCUCUGCCCAGGCGGCACAGUCUGUCCCAUGCCGCGCCUUCCUCCGCCGCCAGCUGUUGCAUGGGGAGCUCUCGCUUUUCUCCAUGGCGUCUCGUACGCUGUGGUGCUUCUGGCAUCAUCCCGGGCAGCUACAGCAGCAAACGCUGUCGUCUGGUCUCUUCCCUCAAAUGAACCCCAGCAGCGCCCAUCGUCUGGAUCGUGGCUCCGUGUGCUGCCGCCUUCUACCGCUUUCCUUGCGCAACAGGUUAGGUGGCGCCUGAGUGGCUGGUGAGUUUGUGCUGGAUGCUCUGAUGCCAACCCAAGCCAGGCCACCUCGCUCUGAAAUCUCAGCUCACUGGCUCCUGGCGGGCCGAUGAGGGCAUGGGAUGUGCUUCACACAAAAAAAAUGUCUUUAGGAGAUCUACCGCCCAUCUGAGGUCUGCGUGGGCCGUGCUGGAAACAAGGCCUUUUUGGUCUGCUGGGGGUUAUUGUGACUCAGGACUACUUUUAAAGGUUCCCAGGCAGUAAACACUUUUCUGAAAAUCCAA